AGUACCGCCGCGACGAUGGCCACGAACGGACGUACGAAGCGUUCGCAGUCGAUAUGCGCGCCGGCUUCCGCGAGUAUGGAGGCGCUCGCGGCGCCCAUGGAGACGACGCCGGCGCCGCGACGUCGCCCAGCGACACGCUCGCAGUCCGCGCGGAUAACAGGCGGUCGGUCUGUUCGCCAGAGACGGCAACAGCAGCAGCAGCAACAACUCGACAGGGAGACCAGAGCCCGCUACAGCUCGGAGCCGAGGCUCGCAGAGGCGGAGACCCCUCCGCAAGUCAGGAGGCAGGCCUCCGCCCGCCGCCGGCCUCCUCCCGGCCAACACAACCAGCCUCGCCGCUCCAACGCAUUCCUCGAUGUACCCCGUACAACGCACCAGCCAGAAGAAGAGCCCGACGAGGAUUCAUACCGACUUCGCACCUUCAACAUCACCCAGAAAGGAGGCAUUGUGAACCGAGGUGAUUCGUUUCGACGGCGGAGGUCGAGAUCGGGCAGCUUGGCGCCGUCCUCACCCGCUCAGUCAGCCCCUGAGCCUCAGGAGCGUAGGCCGGUAGCCUGCCACAGGGUAGCCAUGGUCGGUGCGCCGGGAGUAGGCAAGACUGCACUCAUUAGCCAGUUUCAGACCAGCGAAUGUAUCAACGCUUACGACAGACAAAGAGAUAUCGACAGCUCGGAACAAAAGGUCUCAAUAAUGUUGAACGGAGAAGAAUCUGAAUUAUAUUUUGUAAACUGCACUAGUACAAAAGAAGAAAUAGAACGUAGCGAGCCACCAGACGCGUUCGUGGUUAUCUACUCGGUGGUGGACAAAGCCUCUUUCCAGAAAGCGGAGCAGGAACUAGCGAGGUUGAUGGAUUGCGACAUGUUACGUGCACGGCCCGCGCUCUUGGUCGCCAACAAGAUAGAUUUGGCUAGAAGCCGCGCAGUAUCUACUCAAGACGGCAAGUGCUUGGCCUGUACAUACAAAGCGAAGUUUAUAGAGGUGUCAGUCGGCAUCAAUCACAAUGUAGACGAACUUUUAGUUGGUAUACUCAAUCAGAUCAGAUUAAAGAAGCAGCAGUACGCGGAGGGCGGAAGAGAAUCUUCACCAGCACAUUGGUACAAAACAAGAGGUGUAGUACGUGCAAGCAUGAAGGCCCGCCAAAUGUUUACGUGGAUAUUCGGUAAAGAAGAUUCGAAAUUCAAAAACUGUGAGAACUUACAUGUACUGUGAGUAGAAAGCGAUUCGCCCGAGCCGGUUUUCGUGUAAGUACUGUGACAGUUUGACAUUUGGUGGUGUUUAGUCUGUGGUCUGUGGUGAAUUUAAAUUAAGAAUGGUGGCGAAUUUCAAAUAUUCAAAUUCAGAAAGUGUUUGGGUUGCUUAAUGAAUUUUGUGCCUUUUUGUUUUUUUCUUUUGUAAACAAAUUAAUGAUAGGGGUUUUUACUUAUAAAGGAAAUGUAAGUACGAGAUUUUUUUUGCAAAAUCUCGACAGUUCUUAAGGUACUUAUUAAUGAGGCAUUAGAGUAGUAUUAACUGUGAGUAUUUUUAAGGUCUGUGUCAUAUAAAGCCAAAGUUCAUGGUAUUCGUCAGUGUUAUAGAUAUAUAUAAUAAUUAUGUGCCAAUUUUGAGAGAAUUUAACAUACGUACUUAAAUUGUUAGAAUAACUUUAGUAAUAUUAUAGUUUUUAAGCUAUAUACAGUAUUUUCCUCAUUAAAUUAUCAAAUACUAAACGUAUCAGCAAUAAUUAUAUACAAAUGUAUUUAACAGUGGUAUUGUUUUUGUACCAACAUUUUUAUACCAGGAGUCUUACUUAGUAUAUAAUAGAACCAAGUGAUGUCUCGUACAUAAAUUCACAUGUACAGGCGACAAGAAUCUCACUACCACCACCAGCUACCACGUAACAUCCCCAGGAGUUUCUCAACGACCGAGUGAAUGCGAUGUAGGUACUUUGUGGAUACGUCUACCAUUAUUGGAGUCUCAUCCAGGGCCCGUUCUAGCUUUUUUGUCGCCCCGGGCAAAAAGAUAUUCAUCAUGAGCUUACUAGUGUAUUAGUCCAUUGUGGUAUCUAAACAAAUUUGGAAAAGUACAUUAUAUAAAAUAUACAUUUUAAAAUGAUAUUUUUUCGGGUUGCUAAGCAGGGUCCUUUUUAUAAAAAAAGAAAAUUAUCGACAUUAACCCUCAAUGACUCCGUCGUCGCUCUAAAUUUUCCCACCCCAACUUUUGUCGCUCUAGCCAAUUCCCCUGAUUGCUCUUAGAUCGAGUCCUGUCUCAAGGAAGUAAAUCGUGCAUGUACCAUUAUCCCAUUUUCGCCAUCUAAUUAAUAUUGCUACCAACAUGGUUCUUUUAAAAAUAAUGUCAAUUCUAAUCAAUGGUAACAUCAUAAACACGAAAUAUUUGUUUGCAUUAAAUAGGCUCUGAAACUACUUGCCUGAUUUAAAAAAAAUAUUUCAAAACAGGAAGCUUCAUAAUACAGUUUGUUACAUAUCAAUCAUUUGCGAGAAUAAAGACUCAUUCAAAAAUACAAAAUCUUACUAAGGUAAUAUUAUUUUCUCAAACGGGUAGUAAUAUUUUGCCAAAUACAUAUGUGUUUCUGAGAAAUGUGUUGCGUACUCGAGAGAGACUUGAUUGUGAGUUUCGUGUCUGUUUUCAAUAUUUAUUCUCGCAAAAUAACAAUGAAAAUUAUAUACUAAAUAAACAACAAUCGAUUUAUAUUAUGAUAUGGGUUUAAAAAAGUAUUACAAAAACAAUACUACUGCGACUUGAAUAUUUAAUUAAUGGAUAAUAAAAUCAUAUUGGACCAGUGUAAAACAUAUAAUAAUUAUAAUGAUAACGAAUAUUUUCUAUUCGAAACAUUUUGUAACCAUAUCCGAAUAAUUAUGAACAUGUCUAUACCUUAUCAAAUGUAUAUUUAUGCUAAUCAAUCAACAACAUUUAAUAUUAGGUAUUAUAACUGUAUUGUAAAACCCAUAAAUUAAAAUAGUAUUUCUCUAUUCCGAAUAUGAACAACAUUUUACUACUGGACAGUACUCCUAAAGGAAAGCAUAUUUUUAAUAUAAUAAGUUAGUUAGCCAUCAAAUUGUCUAUUUUAUAUUCCUAUUGUUCGGAUAAAAAGUUUCUAUUGUAGGUAAUUACAAAAAAAUAUAUAGUACUGUAUUGUCUGUAACCUUUUGGGGGCCAUGUAUUUCCUUCCACAUAAUCAUUAGUUGAUUUUCUAUGUAUACAUGAGCGUGAAUCUGUAAUGCCCGUACGGCGCUGAGGAAAAAAAGCGUUAUUAUAGCGUUAAUUAACUGCAUUUUUCCUAAGUACGGCCCAAAUAUUCAAGCCGUGUCAAACUGAUGGUGUGGCGUGAUGCAUUUUUAGCAUGCCAAUUACUAUGUUUAGAGAUGGCGUAAAGCGUAGGCGAUAUUGGCCAUCCUCGCGCUUCGAAAAACAAAAAUAAGUGAAAGAAAAUUGGAAAAACUGGAAUUACAUUGUGUUAAAUUAUUAAAGUGUUUUUAAUAAUAAAAUGCAAUAUUGCAAUACUGGGUGAUCAAAAUUUAUUAUCUAGAGAGUUCAUUAUAAAUGCGCCGUGAGAUGAACACAUUUGAGAAUUCGAAUUCAAUAAAAGAUUAAUCAAUAAGUGCUUCAAGAUUAAUUUGUGGAAGAAAUUACAGAGAAACGCCACGCCACUCCUUCUAUCUGACCAAGCCUUAAAAAAACUAAGGAAUUCUGAAAAAGUUUCCUUUAAACUGG